AUGGGCCUUCAACUUCGCAAGAGCAUCAAACGAUCAAAAUCACAAAAGAGUGAAGAGAGCGUUAAAGUCAAUGAUGCAUUAAACAAAGAGAUUCAAACGACAAUCGAAGAAGAAGUUUCAGAAGGAUUACAAAUGAACGAAGAAACUUUGGCAAAAGAAGCUAAAGUUGAUCAAGAUGCAUUGGAUGCUAUCAAACGUGCAAAUGAAAUAGCAGCAGAAGUAGAAGAAGAAGCAAGAAUUAAAUUGAGCAAGGCUCUUCUCAAAGCUGCUGAUUCAGAAGCUGAUGCAGAUCAAAAAGCAAUCGAUACAGAAGGUGAUGCUGAUGCGAUUGCUUUACAACAAGAAGAAAAAGCAAAAGAAACAGCAGCUGCCAAAGCAACAGAAGACAGACAAAAAGCUGAAGAUGCAGCAAAGAAGGCCAAAGAAGCAGCAGAGCAAAAGAUGUACGUUGCAGUUCGUGCUGCAGAAGCUGAAUAUGCUAAACAAGUACAAGAAUUAGAGCUCAAACGUGCUUGUGCAAUUAACAAAGCAGCUAAUGCUAAAAUGCAAGAUAUCACCAAUGCAAGCUUGGCACGUCGUAAGAAUGUUGCCAAAGUGGAUGCUAUUCUCCUAAAAUCACGAACCAAAGCAGCGGAAGCAAGAGUUGCGGCAGAAAAGCAAGCAUUCAAAGAAAGACAAGAAGCUGAAGAAAAGGCACAUAAAGCACGUCUAGCAGCGGGUAAAUUGGCUGAAAAAGAACGAAUGAAAGCAGAAAAAGAAGCAGAAAAACAACGUCAAAAAGCCAUCAAAGCAUCAUUUGAAAAACAAGAAGCCACUUUAAAUCAUAUCGAAGCAGAUUAUCAAAAAGAAGUUGAAGCCAAUGAACUUGUUCAACAAGAUGCUCAUACAGCCCUAGCCAAAGAUCAAGUCUUGCUCGAAAAGAAGGGUUGGUUCUUUGGUUGGUUUGAUUAUGUUAACGGUGCACCUGCAAAUGCUACAGAGGCAAAUAGUGCCACUGAGGAUGCUACCCCGGCAACGAAGGUCGAAACACCUUCUACGGCUGUUGCAACUACCGCUUAA